AUGGCUGCUCUCGACGCCUUCGGCACCGGCAAGGUGCUUGACCACACCACCGCCCUCGAUGUGCUCAAGGAAUACAAGACUGCCGAUGGUCUCGAUAUCCACGAGCUCAUGGAUACUACCAAGCACGGCGGUCUUACGUACAAUGACUUCCUGCUGAUGCCUGGCUACAUUGGCUUCCCUGCCUCCGAGGUAACACUCGACUCCGCCAUCACCAAGCGCAUCACUCUCAAGACUCCCUUCGUGUCUUCCCCCAUGGACACUGUCACGGAGCACGAGAUGGCUAUCCAUAUGGCUCUCCAGGGAGGUCUGGGUGUCAUUCACCACAACUGCUCUCCCGAUGCUCAGGCCGACAUGGUCCGUAAGGUGAAGCGAUAUGAAAAUGGCUUCAUCCUGGACCCUGUAGUCAUCGGCCGCAACACGACUGUUGGCGAAGCAAAGGCCCUCAAAGAGAAGUGGGGAUUCGGCGGCUUCCCUGUCACUGAGGACGGCAAGCUUGGCUCCAAGCUCCUCGGUAUUGUUACCAACCGAGACCUUCAGUUCGAGGACGAAACCGAUGCUACCGUCGCUAAUGUCAUGGUGACUGACCUGGUGACUGCCCCCAACGGCGUCACUCUGGUCGAGGCCAACAAGAUUCUGGCCAAGUCAAAGAAGGGCAAGCUGCCCAUCGUUGACAAGGACUUCAAUCUUGUCUCUAUGAUUUCCCGAUCCGAUUUGACCAAGAAUCAGCACUUCCCUUUGGCAUCUAAGCUGCCCGACAGCAAGCAGCUUCUUUGCGCCGCUGCUAUUGGUACUCGCCCUGAAGACAAGAUCCGCUUGCAGAAGCUUGUCGAAGCUGGUCUUGACGUUGUCAUUCUGGACAGCUCUCAGGGCAACAGCAUGUACCAGAUUGAAAUGAUCAAGUGGUGCAAGAAGGAGUUCCCUGGCCUCGAUGUCAUUGGUGGCAACGUUGUUACUCGCGAGCAGGCUGCCUCUCUCAUUGCUGCUGGUGCUGAUGGCCUCCGAAUUGGUAUGGGCAGUGGCUCUGCCUGCAUUACCCAGGAGGUCAUGGCUGUCGGUCGACCUCAGGCCGCGGCCGUCUACUCUGUCAGCAGCUUUGCUGCCCGCUUCGGCGUGCCUUGCAUUGCUGAUGGUGGUGUUCAGAACGUUGGACACAUCGUCAAGGGCCUUGCCCUCGGUGCUUCAACUGUCAUGAUGGGAGGUCUCUUGGCUGGUACCACUGAGUCUCCCGGUACCUCGUUUGUCUCUCGCGAGGGUAAGCUUGUCAAGGCUUACCGCGGCAUGGGCAGCAUCGAUGCUAUGCAGGACAAGAAGGCUGGCGGCGGCGGUAAGGACAGCCAGAAGAGCAACGCUGGUACUGCGCGAUAUUUCUCCGAGGGCGACAGCGUGCUGGUUGCCCAGGGCGUUUCGGGAUCCGUUGCUCACAGAGGUUCUAUCAACAAAUUUGUUCCCUACCUGGCCGCCGGUCUCAAGCACUCCAUGCAGGAUUGCGGCAUGAAGAGCCUGGCAGAGCUCCACCAAGGUGCUGCCAACGGUACAGUUCGCUUCGAGCUCCGCACUUCCAGUGCGCAGUUGGAGGGUAAUGUGAACAUGGAGGCAUAUGAAAAGAAGCUUUAUGCUUAA